AUGUUUGCGGGAAGGAAUGGUGACGUUAAUGUCGAGGCAUUGACGAGGUGGGAUGGUGCGAUUGGACAAGUGCCGCAAGAGAAUGCUGGUAAUGGAGGAAAGGAUGAGUUCUGUGCUUUUAGAGAGUUUCGAAGUACUCACAUGCUGACGAAAGGAGCUGAGGAUUGGUGGACUAAUACCGUGCAGAUAUUCGAUGAGGAAGGCGUUGAAGUUACAUGGACUCUUUUCUGUGGUGCAUUCUUGGAAAACUAUUUUCCAGAAGAUGUACGUGAAAAGAAAGAAGUGGUAUUUCUGAAGUUGAAACGAGAAAGAGGACAAUACCGUGGGAAACCGUAUGAUAAUAAGAAGAAGCAAAAAUCUGGUUUUGGCGGUAAGCCAAGUGGAGGAAGAGCUUCUACUUUGAUUAAGUGCUACAAGUGUGGCAAGCUGGGUCACAAAGUUUUUGAUUGUGAAAUUGGUUCGGGUAGGAUUUGCUACAGUUGUGGUGAGCAAGGACACAUCAGUGCCAGGUGCGACACGUCAAAGAAGGAGCAAGCGAAGGCGAAAGUGUUUGUGUUGUCUGGUGAUGAGGCCACUGCUAAAGAUAGGAUAAUCUGA